AUGGUGUAUCCAAAGAAAACAUCGGCGGAGUGGUUUAUUGACCAACUAAAUGUUGAAAAUGCAAAAUUAGUAGCUUUUGUUUUAGUACUAGGCUUCAUUGGCUACCACGGAAUAUUACAUCUACGAUAUGGGCCUGAUUCCUGUACUUGGUUGCUGACAUCGGGUCGUUAUAAAGGUGAUCAUGAGUGGCAGCCCUAUGGUUGUAUGUUGCAUAAAUACUCUAAAACCGAUGCGAGAAGAUGCUUGCGAUAUUUGGCGUUUUGGGGCAAAUACAACAGUUUCGCUUUUAUCGGCGAUUCACGACUUGAGCAGCUAUACGAGUAUUUUAUUGGUGUACUCAGAACAAGGUCAGACAUGGACUCGUCAUACACCACCAAAGACCAUCGCAUGCCGAAUUACACUUACGUCGACAGCAAAUUGAAACUUUCAGUCACUUUCAUAUGGAGUAACGACGUCUCGAAGACGAUGGUCGAUCAGUUUCGUGCCUGGGAACGAUCUGACAGACCUCCUUCAGUAAUAGUAGCGAGCACUGGUCUCCAACUAGUAAAAAACCGUAACGCAACGGACUUAGUACUGGAGGAAUACAAAAGGAACCUUACGCGGUUGGUACAACCGAUAGAUUCGCUUGCGGCGCGAAAUACACAAGUGUUGUGGAAACUUCUCGAAUCAGUGGACCCUUCGAUGGCGAAAGAUGACAUGACUAUAAAUAACCAUGAUAUUGAUGCCUAUAACAGUGCUGCAAUGGAGAUUCUGCGGCACAGCGCGGUGCGCGUGUGGGGCGCGGCGCGGUUGGUGGCGGGCGGCGGCGCGAGCGCGGCGCUGCGCCACUGCGCGCAAAUUUUGCUCAAUAUGUUUUGCAACGAUCACAUGAACUUUAACGACGGGUCCUGCUGCGCGCAGCCGGAGCCCUACACCCAACUGCAGAUGCUUACCUUCGCACUCUUCCUGCUCUGCGCAGUGCUAGCCGGUUUGAAGUGGGUUUGGCGCUGGUCCCAGACGAUCAGACAGAAGAUGGAGGGCUAUUCGCUGGUGGUGCCGCAAACCAGCCCGGCUUCUCCCGUGGCAGCGCUUGCCAAGCUCGGCAUGAUUAUGGCGUACUUCUAUCUCUGCGAUAGAACCAACUUCUUCAUGAAAGAGAACAAGUAUUAUUCGGAGUGGAGUUUCUGGUUGCCAGUUGGCUACGUCUUCGCUUUGGGAUUGUUCUUUACCGAUGAUUCGAGAUCGAGCAGAGUUCUACAUAAAAAUCAAACGGACGAGUGGAAAGGCUGGAUGCAACUUGUCAUCCUUGUGUACCAAGUGACGGGGGCCAGUAAAGUACUGCCCAUCUACAUGUUGGUGCGGGCUCUGGUCUCCGCCUAUCUCUUUCUAACGGGAUACGGACAUUUCUACUAUAUUUGGAAGACUGGAGACACCGGCCUGGUCAGAUACUUCAGGGUCAUUUUCCGGCUCAACUUCCUCACAGUGGUGCUGUGUCUGACGAUGAACAGGCCUUACCAGUUCUACAGCUUCAUACCGCUGGUUUCGUUUUGGUACACCCUGAUGUUUGUCAUAUUCGCGUUACCCCCUCACAUAACGCAAUCCUCCACGCACACAGUGGAGUCGAAGCCCUACCAGUAUCUUUACAUAGCGCUCAAGAUAAUAGGUCUGCUGACAAUCGUCACAGUCCUGUACAUGAGCGAGGUGUUCUUCCAGAAGAUAUUCGUCACCAGGCCGUGGAAAGCGCUAUUCGUCAACUCUGAUGACGAUAUACAUCAGUGGUGGUUGAGGUGGAAGCAGGAUCGGUACUCUAUGGCCUAUGGCAUAAUUUUCGCUACAGCUUACCUUCUCGCUCAACGCUACAACCUCCUAGACGACAACAACCACAGCAACCUGUUCACGCCAGGUUUAUCCCUUACGGCGACACUUCUAGCUUUCAUCGGGAUCGGGAGCUACGUCACAUUCACCUUCCUAUGCAGCAAUACCUUCGAUUGCAACGAAAUCCACAGCUACGUGGCCUUUCUACCCAUCGUUAGUUACAUCAUACUAAGGAAUGUAUCCGGCGCAUUGAGGACCAAACAUUCGAAUCUCUUCGCUUGGUUUGGUACCAUUACUUUGGAGUUGUUCGCUAGUCAGUCGCAUAUCUGGCUCGCAGCCGACACCCAUGGCGUUCUUGUAUUAAUACCAAGCGCGCCAAUACUCAAUCUGAUUCUAACGUCGUACAUUUUCAUUUUCACCGCCCACGAAAUACAUAAGCUGACCGGUAUCAUUCUCCCGUACGCUGUUCCCGAUGAUUGGAGACUGGUUUUGAGAAAUUUCGCGAUAUUCCUCGCUAUUUUAGUACCGAUCGGUAUUCAUGAUGGUAUGUUUUAG